CUCUUUUUACCCAAAGGUUCCAGCUUUCAUCGACUUGUCCAUGCCUGGCCUCAGAACAGUCCUUGUUUCUGUUUGAACCUUGAACAGGUGGCUGUGACCUCCCUCCCAUUCCCUCUAUUUAAUCCUCCUAACUCUUCCCGUUCUCUCCCACAAUCAUUCUCUCUUCUUCUUCUUCAUUCCAUAGUUUCUUCAACAAGGAGAUGGUUUCUUUCGUGGUUCUCCUUGUUGGUAUUCUACCUUUCUUUUCUCCUUCACUCGGUUAUGGAGUCGGAGAAGGGUGGACUAAUGCUCACGCCACCUUCUACGGCGGGAGUGAUGCUUCAGGCACAAUGGGUGGUGCUUGUGGUUAUGGAAAUCUGUACAGUCAGGGUUAUGGAACUAACACUGCAGCUCUGAGCACUGCUCUCUUCAACAAUGGCCUCAGCUGCGGCUCUUGCUAUGAGAUUAGGUGCGUUAAUGAACACCAAUGGUGUCUUCCAAGCUCCAUUGUCGUCACUGCAACUAACUUCUGCCCACCAAACAAUGCUCUCCCUAAUGAUGCCGGUGGGUGGUGCAAUCCUCCUCUCCAGCAUUUUGAUCUCUCUCAGCCUGUUUUCCAACGUAUUGCGCUUUACAAGGCUGGGAUUGUGCCUGUUUCUUACAGAAGAGUUCCAUGUAGGAGAAGGGGAGGUAUUAGAUUCACCAUUAACGGGCACUCCUACUUCAACCUGGUUCUAAUCACCAACGUCGGGGGCGCCGGAGAUGUUCAUGCUGUGUCUGUCAAGGGAUCAAAGACCGGCUGGCAACCCAUGUCAAGAAACUGGGGACAGAACUGGCAAAGCAACUCCUACCUCGACGGCCAAUCUCUCUCCUUCAAAGUUACAACCAGUGAUGGCCAAACUAUAGUCUCUUACAACGCAGCGCCACCAAACUGGUCCUUCGGCCAGACCUUCGCCGGAGCUCAGUUCCAUUAAGGCUCGCUUAUCUGACCAUUUCUCCAUCUCUAUUGCUAUAUAUAUUAUAGCUUAAGAAGUGUAGUAUGUCUUAAUUUAGAAGAUAUAUUUAGCUGUUAUUGUGAGAAGGGGAAGGGAAGGGGCUUAUUUUAAGAUUGCUCCUUCCAAUGUUGUUUAGGGAUGAAUGAUGUGUGGGAGGGAAAGGAGAGGGAGCAGAGGUGAACUGAACUUCAGCACCCGCUACUCUCUCCUUUUACUACUGUGUUCUGCUUUGAUGGAUUCAUCGAACACCUUUGGGAGAUUAUUACUGGUUAUUGUUAUCAUUUUCAGCAACUUGCUGAUUAUUAUUAAGUCUGUAAUUGGAUUUUAGUUGUUAAUGAUGGAAUUUGGGUUCUAUUAUGGUUGAUGUUUA